UUUGUUUUAACAUACUGACAUACAGACUUCGACAACUUGUUGGGAUUCGCAUAUCUUAUUUCACAGGAUACCUUUGCUAAAGAUCAUGGCUGAUUCAGGUUUCCCAUUACCACCAGACUCUUUCUGUCCACUAUGUACUGAUGGACUAAGGGACCCAGUCACUAUUCCCUGUGGUGACACUUACUGCCUGGAGUGUAUCAAGAUAUAUUGGGAUCAGUUUGACCACAUGGGUGUGUACAGCUGCCCUCAGUGCCGUGCAACUUUCACACCACGACCUGUCCUGAGACGUAACGUGCCAGAUGUUCAGCAUCAGCAGCUUUCAGAGCUAACUCCCUUUCCUUACUUGCACCGUGAAUCCUACUGCGACUUUUGCGUUGGCCGCCGCAACAAGGCCGUCAAGUCAUGCCUGAUGUGCCUUGCAUACUACUGUGAAAUUCAUGUCAGGCCUCAUUAUGAAUCAUCCACAUUCAAGAGGCACAAGCUUGUGGAUGAGACAGGCCACCUGGACAGGAAGAUUUGCCCCCACCAUGAGAAAGGCCUGGAGCUCUUCUGUCGCUCGGACCAGAUGUGCAUCUGUGUGCUGUGUACUGUCAGGGAGCACCGCAACCACAACAUUAGCUCAUCAGAAGAAGAGCGUGUUGAGAAACAAAAAGUUCUGGUGGUCACCCAGUCCAACGUGCAGCACAUCAUUUCAGAGAGGAUGAAAGAGCUGCAGGAGCUCAAGCACAAUGUGGACGUUCUAAAAAACGCUGCCCAGCGCGCACAGACUGAAAGUGAUAAAACCUUCCAUGAAAUGCUGCAGGCAGUCGAGCGCUGGAAGUCUGAAAUCAAUCAGAUGAUAAUGUCCAACAUGCAAGCAAUGAUGACACAGGCUGAGGGUUACGUUGAGCGCCUUGAGCAGGAGAUAAUGGAGUUGCAGCGCCGGGAUGCAGAGCUACGACAGAUUCUUGAAACAGAAGACAACAUUCACUUUCUGCAGACUUUUCCCUCCCUAUGUGUUCCCCCGGAGGCCAUGGUCCCCAAAGUUCUCAUCAAUCCUCAGUUCUCCUUUGGAGAGAUAAGCAGAACUGCCAUAGAGAUUAAAGAAAAUCUAGAUGACAUCUGUAAAAAGGAACUGAGUAAGAUCUCCAAGACAGUCAGUGAAACCACCGUGUACAUACUUUUGCCCAGAAAUGGGGACAAACGUCUGAAAGUACCUUCCGGCGUUGAUUUUCAGGAGCCAAAAUCCAGAACAGACUUCUUGAGAUAUGCGUGCAAGCUGUCAUUUGAUCCAAACACCGUCUACAAAGAGCUUGUAUUGUCAGAUGGAAAUCAGAGAGUCACUCGAAAGAAAACAAUCCAGUUUUAUUCAGACCAUCCAGAACGCUUUGAUGGCUUUUCCCAGGUGCUGUGCAAGGAGGCUCUGUCUGGUUUCAAGUUCUACUGGGAGGCCGAGUGGAGUGGGGAGUUCUCCAUAGGUGUGGCCUACAAGAGCAUCAGUCGUAAGGGCAAGAAUUCACACAGCCUUCUGGGCUACAACGACAAGUCCUGGAGUCUCCUCUGCUCUGAUUCAGGGUACUCAGCCUGGCACAAUAAAUCAGACCAAGAUCUUCCUGAUGCUCCCAGGGCAACAAGAAUAGGUGUGUACUUGGACUGUGCAGGCAAUACUUUGGCCUUCUAUUCAAUAUCGAAUACAAUGGAGCUCAUCCACAGAUUCAGAGCUCAGUUCAGUGAGCCUCUGUAUGCUGGUUUUGGGGUUGGCUCCUCUGUUACACUCUGCCAGUUGAAGAAGAGCACUAUGUCUUCUACCUAAAAGAACACAAUUCAUGUUCAAGGUAUCUAUACUUAUAUUUAUGAAUAUUUGAUAUUGCUUGAACAGUUGUUUAUAAUUUGUAAAAGAUUAUUUAUGAAAUGCAGAAAAUAGAUAGAAAACUAUUUUUUAUCCAAUAUUUAUUAGCUUUUUAAAUCAGAUGGCAUCAUCUCUUAUUUUAAAAUUAUGAAUUUAGAUUGUAAGUUAAAUGCACUCUUUUUCCCUCUUUUAUAUUUCAAACCGAUUUUCAAAAAGCAUCAACUGAUAUGUUCAGCUCUUUAAAUUGUCCUUGUGAGUGUGUGUGCAUGGUUGCAUGUGUGUUGCCCUGUGAUGGGCUGGAGACCAGUCCAGGGUACAACCCACCUUCUCCCAAUGACUGCUGGAAAAAGGCACCCCAUAACACCACCAUAACAACUGCUGGUUGUGGAUAGAAAUUAAGCCAUAAAACAGAUGAGAAUGAUCAAAAGAAAUAAUCAGCAGCUCUUCUGAAAUAUUUAUUUUGAACUUGAGAUAAAGAUUCAUUUUAUUCAGUCAAAACCAGCAGCUAUCCUUUGUCGCUGUCUUUUUUGCUAUAUUUUUUUAAUUUUAUUUCCCUGUUCUCAUUUUAAUAAGUACUUUAUCAGCAAUAUCUCCUAUGUGUAGAUGAUAUAUGCAUAAAAAAUUGAUUCAUUAAAUAUUAUAUAAAAUUUAAGAAUGAUGACACAUGGCUAAGACGUGAUCAUCUAAGUACUGUGUGUGUUUAAACUUUACUAAAUAAAUAGAUUUUAAACCAAGAUUAAAAAAGAGACUUUUAGCUCUUUUGGGUUUUCAAUAUUAUUUUAUGUUAUACCACACCAAGCAAGGGUUGUCAUUUUGCACCCAUAUACCCACAGUUUUUUUGUCAUUAUAGCCUCUUAUAGAUCACAGGCCACAAAGUAAGUUAUUGAACCAGUAGAGGUCAGCAAACAUUUAUUUAUGAAUACAGUUACUUUUACUUGUUUUUAACCUUCCAGAACAUAUUGGAAACACAUCUAAAUGAUUGGCCAAAACUGUGACCUUUAUCACAAGUGAGCAAAAUCCAUCUCUCUGCCAAUGUAUAAAAAUUAGGAACAUCUGGAUUGCAGAGAUGUGUUUGUCAUGAGACAAAGUUGUGAUACAACACAAAGCAAAUCAGUGUCACAGCAAACAUGUGUCGCCAGGUAUAUUAUCAUUAUGUUUAAUUCUAAAUGAGACUUUAAUAAAUGAAAAUAAACAGCAUGUUUACAAAGUUAUUUUUUCCACAUACUGUCCGAUGGCCUGGCUGAUUUGUGUUUCUGAACACAGAAAACUGACAAACGCUUCAUCGUACCCACUCCAUUUAAUCAAACCAGCUCUAUUCACAUUGUAACAUUCCUGCAGACUGGAUUAUAACUGGGACUGAAUGGGCGUCUACACAAUUGAAUUUGUGUGUAUGGCAUCUAUAUGAAACUGUCUGGAUUCAUUUAGGUAUAUAUUUCUGCAAAUUAAUUAGGCACCUUGGUCUUGGAAAAUACCUAAAGAUCUUUUAUUUUCUUAACUGGUGCUGUAUGAAUAAAUGGAAUAAAAAAAUAAACCAAACAUUCUAUUGUCCCUGUCAUUAUGACAUUUUACUAUGGAAAUACUUUAUAUUAUUGAUGGUAAAAGAAAUGCAUUUCAAAUUGUAACUUUGAAGUUUCAGAUUUGAUUACCUGUAAUCCAAAGUUUAAAACAAAACAAAAUAAAAUAAAAAUGUUAGAUGAUGCAGGGAAAUGCAUAAAUACAGUUUACCCCUAAAAAACACAUUUUACAGUGACUCAACAAAACAUUAAUUUAGCUGUAUUUGUAUCAUUUCUAUCAUUUCUCCUGACUUUGUCUAAAAAACAAAAAUCUAUGCUUUGAUGAUCGUCUCAGACAUAUAUAAAAACAUUCUAACAUAUUCUUCGUUUAGUUCUUGGUGCAGAGGGGUUUCUGACAGUUCACCCAUUCCCUAAACAAAAUGCCUACAAAUACCCCUUGACACUAAUCAUCUUCAACAGUACCCUUUGAACAUUUAUUUCAACAAAAAAUGUUUAGUAUUCUUUUCUUUUACAUUAAUUUAAAAAGUGAGUUCAUUUGUCAGGAAAAAUUACUGCUCCUACGAAUUGUAUAUUUUCCUUAAUAAAUCAAAAGUAAUUUCAUAUGUAGAAUUUAUGUGGUUGCCAUUGCAUACAGCAGUUGGAGAUUUAGAAAUCAA